UCGCAAAGCAGCUUGUUUGCUUUUUCACUCUCACUCGCAUGCAGAGUUCUUGCCUGAGCUGACAAGAAGAAAAGCAACAGCAGAGGGGCAAAUUCGCUCCAACACCUUCCACACCAUGCUGCCCUGGAGAAGGAAUAAGUUUGUUCUGGUGGAGGACGAUGCCAAGAGUAAGUCCAAGAGUCUGGGGACUGGGCUGACCUACCACUCCAUCCUCACCUCUCUCCUGCGCUCCUGUCCUGACUUACUCCCCGACUGUCCCUUUGAAUGGAUGGGCAGCAUUUUCCAUACUAAAAGGCAAAAGGUACAACUGAACAAAGAGGAGCCUGUUUACAAUGUGCGUUACCUAGGGAGCGUGGUCACAAUCACGGCAAAGGGGGACGGCUGCACUCAGGAGGCCGUGGCCAAGAUCUGGGCGAGGAGCAACUAUGGGGAGCAGAGUGUCAAGAUGAGGUUAACAGUGGGAUCACAAGGCAUUCGGAUGAGUGCUGACAAAUCUGGGGAAAAGAAGCCUAUCCAUCUUUAUUCUCUGAACAGAAUCACUUAUUGUGCAGCAGACCCAUACCGGCCCAAAAUCCUGGCUUGGAUCUACAGGCAUCAGGUCAAGAACAUGGCAGUGGUUCUUCGGUGUCACGCAGUCCUGGUCAGCAAGUCGGAGAAGGCCCAAGCCAUUGCACGCAGCCUCUACCAGAAUGCCACCUCUGCCUUCAACGAGUUCAAGCGUCUGAAGCGUCAGAGUGAUUUCCGGCACUGCCAGCAGCAGCUGCUGGGGGAGGAGGUGGUGCCCCUGAUGCCGCUGAGGAGGCUGCUGAACGGACAGUGCCACUACAGACCGCCUGCCGAAAACCCCGGGAGCGCUGCCCGCCUCUGCUCCAUCACAGAGGAAGAAGAGGAGGAGGAGGAGGGCGAAAAGGAGGGCAAAGAUGCGAGGGAGGACGUGGAGGAAGCAGAAGAGGAUAUGGAGGAACUGCGAGGAAAGGUUUUAACAACAACCACAGACCCGACUCAGUUACUGUCCGAGCUGGACAUUGGGGAUAUUGCCCGACUGGAGCAGUGCCGAAUCAACUUUGUCAGUGACAGCAACAACAAUACAUUUGCAUUUAUAACCUCUCUGGUGUGACUGCAAUCCAGUUUUUAAGAGAAUGGAAUUCUUAAACACGUCAACACAUUCCUUGAUUUGCGCUCCACUGGUGCCCCACUCAGGCUCCCUCCUUUCCUAUCCAUCCAAUGUGAAGUGUUUACCAGAAACUUCUCCCACUGCCGGCUGACGGAGGAAAGACAUCAUUCCGUGGGAGUGAUUUCUCUUCUUCCCAGAUGGCUCAGAUACUGGUGUUUGACUGUAGCAGUUUUGGGAGACUGCUUGUUUACAAGAAAGGGCUUCUGAGGCACAGAGCAACGACAGCACAAUGACGAACGAGGACACUGGUCACCGAAAACACAAGAGCACCCACGCUGAGAUCGCUGACAUGCCGGUCACAUAUUGACCACAGCGCUCAGCAGGACAGAUUUAUCAGUCCAGUCCUCUGUCUUUCAUUUUUUUGUGAGUAAAAUUGGAGCCGUGUUUGCCAGCAGGGACAUUUUUUGGAUCACCUUGUAAUAAUUUUUCAGGGAGGUUCUUUGUAAACUUGUGUAAUUUUUCUAGUAUGACAAUCGUGACAGAAUGAUCUUUCUGACUGCUUGCAGUCAUGACAAGUUUAUUACAGUUUUACUAAUGAUCGAGAGGCGACCAAUCCAUAUAUAUAU